UCCAGGCAUUCCUUCACAGAAUAAUGCAGUGUGCUAUUACUAAGAUUGAUAAAAAUGUAACAGAGGAAACGGUUAAGACAUUGUUCUCAAAUAUUGAAGAUAUUCUAGAAGUUCACAAGAACUUCCUGUCUAAGAUUGAAGAAUGUCUGCAUCCUGAACCCAGUUCGCAACAAGAAGUGGGAUCCUGCUUUCUCCACUUUAGAGACAGAUUUCGUAUCUAUGAUGAAUACUGCAGCAAUCAUGAAAAGGCACAAAAGCUUUUGCUUGAACUUAACAAAAUAAAAACAGUACGGACAUUUUUACUGAACUGCAUGCUGUUAGGAGGACGGAAGAGUACAGAGGUACCUUUAGAAGGUUAUUUGGUAACACCAAUCCAGAGAAUAUGCAAGUAUCCUCUUCUUUUGAAGGAAUUGUUGAAGCGCACUCCCAAAAAGCACAGUGACUAUUCUAUCUUAAUGGAAGCUCUGCAAACAAUGAAAGCUGUUUGUUCCAACAUAAAUGAAGCCAAGAGACAGAUGGAAAAAUUAGAGGUUUUAGAGGAAUCUGAUUAUCACAGCAGUGGUCACAUUGUUCUCAAUGGUUGGAAGAUACACAACACAGCAAAGAAUAAAUGGUUUGUGUGUAUGGCCAAAACAUCUGAAGAAAAGCAUGAAUGGCUCGAAGCUAUCCUGAAAGAAAGGGAAAGAAGAAAAGGGUUAAAACUUGGUAUGGAACAAGAUACAUGGGUGAUGAUCUCUGAACAAGGAGAAAAACUUUACAAAAUGAUGUGCAGGCAAGGGAAUUUGAUCAAAGACCGAAAGAGGAAAUUAACCACUUUUCCAAAAUGUUUCCUUGGAAGUGAGUUUGUAUCUUGGUUAUUGGAAACUGGAGAGAUUCACAGACCAGAAGAAGGUGUUCAUCUUGGUCAGGCUUUGUUGGAGAAUGGCAUUAUACACCAUGUUACAGACAAACAUCAAUUUAAACCUGAACACAUGCUCUAUAGAUUCCGUUAUGAUGAUGGCACAUAUUAUCCAAGAAAUGAAAUGCAGGAUGUAAUCUCAAAGGGUGUAAGAUUAUAUUGUCGUCUGCACAGUCUGUUUACUCCUGUGAUAAGAGAUAAAGAUUACCAUUUAAGAACCUACAAAACUGUCAUAAUGGCUAAUAAAAUGAUAGACUGGCUAAUUGCACAGGGAGAUUGCAGAACAAGAGAAGAAGCAAUGAUCUUUGGAAUAGCACUUUGUGACAAUGGAUUUAUGCAUCAUGUGCUGGAAAAAAGUGAGUUCAAAGAUGAACCACUUCUGUUUCGUUUUUUUGCGGAUGAAGAAAUGGAAGGCUCCAACAUGAAACAUAGACUUAUGAAGCAUGACUUAAAAGUAGUGGAAAAUGUAAUUGCAAAAUCAUUGCUGAUCCUAUCAAGUGAUGGAACUUAUGGUUUUAGUUUGGAAGACAAAAACAAAGCACCAAUUGUAAAAAUAGUGGAAAAGUGCUCAAAUGCUGAGGUGGCAGGUCUGGAAAUUGGGAAAAAGAUCUUUACCAUUAAUGGUGACCUAGUUUUUCUAAGGCCCUUCACUGAAGUGGAUAGCUUUCUGAAAGCAUGUUUAAACAGUAAAAAGCCCCUCCGGGUACUUGUGAGCACAAAACCAAGGGAGACAGUUAAGAUUCCUGAUUCUGUGGAUGGUCUUGGAUUCCAAAUACGGGGCUUUGGCCCUUCUGUUGUUCAUGCUGUUGGAAAAGGAACUGUGGCAGCUACUGCUGGGCUUCAUCCUGGACAGUGCAUAAUCAAAGUAAAUGGAAUUAAUGUCAGCAAAGAAACACAUGCAAGUGUUAUUGCCCAUGUGACAGCCUGCCGGAAAUACAGACGUCCAAUGCAUCAAGAUUCUAUUCAGUGGAUAUAUAACAACACUGAUAGUGCUCAGGAGGAUUUUCAGAAAACGAAUACUAAAUCAUUGGGUGAGGAUGGAGGAGAUGCAUUUAAUUACAAAGUUGAAGAAGCAAUUGAUAAAUUUAAUACUAUGGCAAUAAUUGAUGGACGAAAGGAUCAUGUCUGUCUGACUGUUGAUAAUGUUCAUCUGGAAUAUGGUGUUGUUUAUGAGUAUGACAGUACUGCUGGAAUAAAAUGCCAUGUUUUAGAGAAAAUGAUUGAACCAAAAGGCUUUUUCAGCCUGACUGCAAAGAUCCUUGAAGCUCUAGCAAAAAGUGACGAGCAAUUUGUGCAAAACUAUAGCAGCUUAAAUAGUAUACAUGAAGUAAUUCCUACCAAUCUUCAGAGCAAAUUCAGUGCCAUUUGCAGUGAAAAAAUAGAGCACAUUUGCAGAAGGAUUACAAGUUAUAAAAAGUUUUCACGGGUCCUAAAAAAUCGAGCUUGGCCUACUUUCAAACAAGCUAAGUCAAAGAUCUCACCAUUGCAUAGCAGUGAUUUCUGUCCAACUAAUUGUCAUAUCAAUGUUAUGGAAGUCUCAUAUCCUAAAACGUCAACCUCACUUGGUAGUGCCUUUGGUGUUCAACUUGAUAGCAGAAAACAUUUUUCAUAUGAAAAAGAAAACAGACAUAUGGAGCAAGGUAAACUGAAUCCCAUGGUUUAUAUACAACAUACUAUAACAACCAUGGCCGCUCCAUCAGGUCACUCAUUAGGUCAACAGGAUGGCCAUGGUUUAAGGUACCUGUUAAAAGAAGAAGAUUUAGAAACACAAGACAUCUAUCAGAAAUUGUUAUGCAAAUUACAGAGUACAUUAAAGGAGGUGGAAAACUGUGUUUUUCAAAUAGAUGACCUUCUCUCUUCAAUAACAUAUUCUCCAAGUUCACAACAAAAAAAUCAUGAAUUGUUAAUGUCAACAGACAGUGAUAAUGAAAAAGGAGAACGUAAUGGAAAAAAAGUAUGCUUCAAUGUAGUAUGUGAUGAGCAGGAAGAUUCUGGUCAUGACACUAUAAGCAACCGGGAUUCUUAUAGUGAUUGCAACAGCAACCGAAAUUCUACUGCUUCUUUCACCAGUAUUUGCAGUAGCCAAUGCAGUUCUUAUUUUCAUAGUGAUGAAAUGGAUUCAGGUGAUGAACUCCCUCAGAAUAUCUGCAUUUCUCAUGAUAAACAGGAUAAACUUUAUGGUUGCUUGGAACAUCUUUUUGGUCAGGUAGAUUCAAUUGUUAAUCUACUGAAAGGUCCAGCAGUGGCAAGAGCUUUUGAGCAAACCAAGUUCUUCACCCCUGGUCGAAGUUUUCAAGAAUUUCAGCAAGAAAUUGAACUUAAGGUGAACUGCCCAAAGAAAUUGAGGCUUCACAUUAAACAAGAUCCUUGGAACCUCCCCAGCAGUGUUCAAAACCUUUCUCAAAGCAUCCGAAAAUUUGUUGAAGAGGUAAAAGCAAGAGUCCUUCUGGCACUUCUUGAAUAUACAGAUAGUGAGAUACAGCUCAGGAGAGACAUGGUCUUCUGCCAGAGUCUAGUAGCUACAGUUUGUGCAUUUUCAGAGCAAUUAAUGGCUGCCUUAAAUCAAAUGUUUGACAAUGGCAAGGAAUAUGAAAUGGAAACACAAGAGGCCAGCAGGAGAUGGUUGGAACAGAUAUCUACUGCAGGUGUUCUCCUUUACUUCCAGUCACUGCUGUCACCAAACUUGACUGAUGAACAAGCUAUGCUAGAAGACACAUUGAUUGCAUUAUUUGACUUGGAGAAAGUUACAUUUUAUUUUAAACAUUCUGAACAGGAACCUUUAGUAGCAAAUAUGCCAAUCACAUAUCAAGCAGAAGGAAGUCGGCAAGCUAUGAAAAUUUAUUUUUAUCUCGAUAGCUACAAUUUUGAACAGCUUCCCCAAAGGCUAAAAAAUGGUGGAGGUUGUAAACUUUACCCAGUUCUAUUUGCACAAGCCCUGGAAAGUAUGGAAGGAUAUUAUUAUAGAGACAAUGUAUCAGUAGAAGAAUUUCAAGCCCAGAUUAAUACAGCUUCAUUGGAAAAAGUAAAACAGUAUAACCAAAAACUCAGAGCAUUUUAUCUGGACAAAUCAAAUCUUCCUCCUAAUUCAUCAUCAAAAGCUGCUUAUAUAGAUAAGCUAAUGAGGCCUGUCAAUUCUUUGGAUGAGCUUUACCGAUUAAUGGCGUCUUUCAUAAGAUCCAAGCGCACAGCAGCUUGUGCCUACACAGCUUGUGGUGCUUCUGGAGUUGGACUACUGUCUGUCUCUUCAGAACUCUGCAGCCGGCUGGGAGCUUGCCACAUCGUCUUAUGCAACAGUGGAGUUCAUCGUUGCACUCUGAGCAUCACUUUAGAGCAAGCAAUCAUUCUUGCUCGGAGUCAUGGUUUACCUCCUCGCUAUAUCCUCCAAGCUACAGAUGUGAUGCGCAAGCAAGGAGCAAGAGUUCAAAAUACUGCAAAGAAUUUAGGAGUUAGGGACCGAACACCACUGUCUGCUCCAAGAUUGUACAAACUAUGUCAGCCACCCCCACCUGUUGGAGAAGAGUAAAGAUGGAUUAAUCAAUAUACCAGUUUUCACAAAGAGAAGAAUAAUAGUCUUUUGAGUAUGGAUAGACACUUUCUUCUUAAACUUGACUAUGUAAAUAAAGACUAAUGACUUCCAUUGGGGAAAAAAUAAUAUCUGGAUUUACUGUGCAUGUUCUGUGAAUGUAUUCCUUGGGCUGUUUUUAAGUGCUUGAUUCAGCAAUACCAAUUGUUCAACAAAGUAUGGGCAAGAACAUGAAAACAAAAGAGAAAGAUUGGAAAACCACUAUAUCAUACUAUUUCAAAAAAGCGACAUCUUCAUCCAUAACAUGAUUUAUUAAAUUAAUGCUCUGAUGAAUGAGAUAUUCUAUAUUGAAAUGCUUUCCUAAUGCAUAUCUCAAAGAGUCGUAGAAACUCUACUGCCUGCUUUGGCAACGGUAAAUUUUAAUGUAUGAAAUCCAAUUUGUUCCAAUUGAGGUGAAACAACAGAUGGAACUGAUGAAUCAAAAUUAUGUUCAGUGCUCUAAUUCAUAAGUUGUACAAUGGUUUUUGACAGGAAUCUUUCCUGUAAUAGCAAA